AUGACAAGUCUACUCUCAAGCAACUUGGUGCGCAAACGCCCGCCGAACUACCAGCGGCCCGGUUAGCUCAGUCGGUAGAGCACCAGACUCUUAAUCUGGCUGUCGCGGGUUCGAGCCCCGCAUCGGGCUUCAAUCACCUUUUUGCUUUUAUAGAGUUUUGUAAAGCUUGUUCGUUCAUAAUCUUUAAAGAGAUCUUUCUGAAUGGAAUUUUCUUGAAUUGAUCUUUCAAAAAUAAUUUUAAAAUUUUAUCGAGUUGAAAUUUCAGAAUGUUCAAAAUUAAGGUUCAAAAUAGGCCAUUUCGCAAGCUUCUUCCCCCAAAUGAAGCAAAUUUAGGCUAAAAAAAGGGAACAUUUAGAAUGGGAUGGAAUGUUGGGAGCCGAACGACACGCGCCUUAUUUGGAGAUGAAUGCCCCGGAGGCCACGCCUCCUCCAGUCGUCGUGCCACUCGCUCUGCUUCCUUUCUCCGUUUUUUUCCCCUCCUCCUUCCGCCCAUUUCCAGAAAAGCUCGAGUGUGUUGGGUUUUAUUGACCACAUGACUUUACUUACACUCCGAAAUACGUCUUCUUACUGAAGUUUUCAUGCAUUUUUCUGCUUGAAAGCAAUUUUUUUUGGUUCAUUCAAUUGCUUUUUGCUUUUUUUUAUUCAGAGAGUCGCUCAUUAUUCUGAGUUUUUACACCAUUUUCUUUUGUCCUCGUUAUUUUUUUAUAAAGUUUAUUUAAAAUUCAAGAUGUUGAAGACCCAUUUGGGUAAUUUUCUAUCCUUUCAAGACUAGAUUUUUUUCGCUAAUAAUUCAGUUUUUCUUUCCAAAAAUAUCAAAAUCAAAAUAUUGCAAAUAAAAAAAUAUCUAAAAAAACUAGGCCCUGAAAUAAAUCCCUGAAAUAAGCGUCAAAAAAUAUACAGCAUGACUUGAAACUUUUUAAGGUCAAUCUUGUUUUCUUCCAAAAAUUUUGGUAGUUUUUGAUACCUUCAAAUUGCAAAUUACAGCUUUCUAUGUGCUUUGCAAAAGUUCGGAGAAGUAAUUUCAAUUUUUCCCUGAACAAACGCCUAAUUAUUUAACCCUUUUUGCGCAAAAUUUUGAUUGAAAGUCCACCUCCAUGUAUUUUAUUUGGCGAAUAAAUUCUUGCAAGGGUCGAUUUCUAAUCCUUAUUGUUUUAAUUAUGAAACUUAGUUUUUUUGAGCGGAGAAGCUCAAAAAAUGAGCACUUUCUGUUUUUCGCUUACUGUAUCUUUAACAGUUCAUUGCGUACAAUACGCCUUCUCACGACAGUUUCUCUUUUUCAGACAUGCAAUCUCGUUUUUUUUUUUGAUUUUCAGUCUUUUUUAAUAUCGUCUGGUUCAUAUCUAGUUUCAUUUGCACAAAAGAUUGAAUUUGUGCUUUGCAGGAAGUUUUUCCAAGGAUUAUGCCAUCGAAAAGAGCCGACGAUGACGAAAGCAAAAGGAUUAAAGUUCAGAUUCGGGAAAAAGACUUGGUGAAUUUUCGUUUCUUGUGAUAUUAAGAUAAUUUGAAGGUUUUUAUUGAAAUUUUAAGUUAUGCGUGAACGGAUGCGGUUUUUACGGCACCCCGCAAUGGGAGAAUCGGUGUUCCAAGUGCUGGCGAGCGCAUCAAGUGGUCGUGAAGAGGGACCAGGAUUUCGCCAGAAAUCGGUCGGUUUUUGGCUUUGGGAAGGAAGGGAUACUCUCCAAAUUUAACAAAUUGUCUUAAAAUGCCUAACUUUUGUCAAAAAUGGUCAAUUUUUCACGAUUUUUGUCAGAAAUUUCAGGCGAUCCAGGUUUUAAAAACGUAGUACUUUCUUACAAAAAUUAGCUGAAACUGGAUUUUUGCUCAUUUUCUCAAACAAAUUGUUUCAAUAAGUUUAAUCAUCCUUGUAUUCUCCAGGGAAAAAUUAAAUCGGAUGACUUACACCGCGCUUUUUUUCCUUGAAGUCCAACAAGUUAUGAAUUCUCUAGAGAAAAUAUCAUUUCGAAUUUCUUUUUUAGUGCGCGUUUUUAGUGUGAUAAUGAGCUUUUUCUAACUCAAAAAGUUCAUUUUUCCGUUUCUUUUAAAGCACUUUUUGUCAUGCAAAUGCGGACUUUUUAUAAAAUUUUGGCUAGCUUCUUAGGUAAAAAAAGUAUUUUUAUUCAUUUUCCUUCCACAGAAGGCUUGUUACCAUAUGAACUAAUUUUUGAUGUUUGAGUGAUUUUUCAUGCACUUUUUGGCUUGAUGAUAUGAUGUUUGUUGACAAAUUGGCUUGAUAAAAAAAUGAUUUUGUUGAUUUUUUUCUUCAAAACCUGUAAGUUUUCAUUAUAAUUUUAAUGUUUUUAACAGUAUUUUAUGGAAAAAAACAUUCAUUUUAAAGAUUCGGAAUGUACUCUUUGUCAUGUAAUUAUGGAUUUUUUUGGUUGUUUCGAUUGAAAAAAACUUGCCUUUCUUGCAGAUUUUAUCAAGUUUUACCCAUUUUUUUGUUCGAAAAAAAUUCAAAUUUUUCUCUUUAUUUUUGCGCCUAAAGUCACAAGAUUCACACUAAAUAAUCUCUUUUCUUCGAAUUUUUCGUUUUCAGAACCCUCCUAAGCUUCGACCAGUUCCAAGAAAGACGGAAAACGACGCUGGAGAACCGGAUGAGCAUUAAAAGGCUUUACGGAUCGACUUCUAGCCUCCUCGCCUUCGAGUAG